AUGGCCGUCCGCAUCUCGUACAACGCCCUCCGCGCGGACCCCGCGUCGCUCAAAGACGCGCUCCAAGCCGGCCUCGGCAGCCAGCCCGGCGCCCUCGGCAUCGUGCUCAUCGAGGACCUCCCGGACUCGUACCCGGCGCUGCGCACCCGCCUGCUGCGGCACGCGGCGGCGCUCGCGGCGCUCCCCGAGCCCGCGAAACGACGCCUCGAGUCGCCCGAGACGACCUACUCGUUCGGCUGGAGCCACGGGAAAGAGGUGAUGAACGGGCGCCCCGACACGGCCAAAGGCAGCUUCUACGCCAACCCCCUCACGGACCGCGCGUGCGUGAGCGCGCCCAAGCGCGCGCGCUACCCCGAGUACUUUGCGGACAACAUCUGGCCGGACGCGGCCUUCGCCGCGGCGUUCAAAGCGCUGGGCGCGCUCGUCGCGCACGUCGGCAUCGCGCUCGCGGACGCGUGCGACGCCACGGGCUUGGCCCCCCGCCCCAUCGCGCCGCUGAUCAAGGCGAGCCAGUGCCACAAAGCCCGGCUGCUGCACUACUUCCCCGCGCCGGCGCGCGGGGGCGACGACGCGUGCGGCACGCACAUCGACCAUUCGCUCCUCACCGCGCUGUGCUCCGCGCUGUACCUCCAGCCCCGGGGGGGAGAACUCGUCCCUGUCCCCCCGCCGUCGGCGGACGCCGGGCUGUGGAUAUAUCCCCGCGGCAGCGCGCACGCCGUCAAGGUCCAGAUCCCCGCGGACUGUCUUGCCUUCCAGACGGGCGAGGCGUUACAGGUCCUCUCGGAAGGCAGGCUCGCGGCUACCCCGCACUACGUGUCGGGCGGGACGGGGAGCACCGACGUCAGCCGCGAGACGUUCGCCUUCUUCCUCCAACCCGACGUCGACGACGUGAUCAGCGCGCAGGGCGAGACAUUUGGCCAGUUCACCAAACGCGUCCUCGCGCGCCACUACAGCGCACCUGCGUAA